GGAGGGAUAGAAGCUUCAGGACAGAGAGGAGAGACAGGGGGGCCGAGGUAGAGUGAGAUAGCUGCAGAUAGGAAGAGUAGAGCUCAAUUUAUUUUAUAUCGUCAAUAAAUUUGUACAAGCAAGUCAAAUAUAUAUAUAUUUAAAAAAACCUGCCAUUGUCAAGCAUCCAGGUGUCUAACUGAGAAGAUUAAAACAGUGUUAUUCUGUACAGGGAUAUAAAAUGUCGUCUCCAAGUCCGGGUAAAAGGCGAAUGGAUACCGACGUGGUGAAACUUAUUGAAAGUAAACAUGAAGUUACCAUCCUGGGAGGACUCAAUGAAUUUGUAGUGAAGUUUUAUGGACCACAAGGAACGCCGUAUGAAGGUGGUGUGUGGAAAGUGCGAGUAGACCUACCCGACAAAUAUCCAUUUAAAUCUCCAUCUAUAGGAUUUAUGAAUAAAAUUUUCCAUCCCAACAUAGAUGAAGCGUCAGGAACUGUGUGUUUAGAUGUAAUUAACCAAACGUGGACAGCACUCUAUGAUCUGACCAAUAUAUUUGAAUCGUUCCUGCCCCAGCUGCUUGCAUAUCCUAAUCCUAUAGAUCCUCUAAAUGGGGAUGCUGCAGCCAUGUACCUCCACCGACCAGAGGAAUACAAACAAAAAAUUAAAGAAUACAUCCAGAAAUAUGCAACAGAGGAGGCCCUGAAGGAGCAAGAGGAAGGUGCUGGGGGCAGCUCGUCCGAGAGCUCAAUGUCUGACUUUUCAGAAGAUGAGGCCCAGGAUAUGGAAUUAUAGUAAAGAGAGAGACCCUUAACAGAACAGAGACUAUAUAAUUUCCUAACCAUGAAAAGCAGACUAGAAUAUUCUUAUUUAAACGAGGCAAUGUUUUUUUUUGUUGUGUUUUUUUUACUAAACAAGGAUUUUUAUGGAUAUAGCAUCGGCGUAUGUCUCACCCUCCCAGAUGUUCUUCAUUUGUCGUUUCUCAACCUAAGAUGCAUAGCAUUCCCACAUUCUACUUUGGUAGCUGCAUUGCCUGAGUGCAUGUGAUGAUCACUGUAUCCUGUUGGUCAACGUAAAUCGUGUGUGACUGAACUCUGUAGAACAAAAUGGACACCUCGGUAGACAAGGCCAAGAGAUGGCAUCCCUUUCUGUGUGACCAAUGCAUCAAGAGAAAUUUGGAUGUUUGUUACUGGUAGUCGCAUCAUGGCUAUUAAUAUGUGAAGUUUACUUCCAUAUUUUUUUUUUAAAGACCUUUAAUUGUGUAAAGCUGACUGGGUAAUUAAACACACUUAGAUAGGAACGUAGCUGGUUGCUGCCUUGCACAUAUGACUAUUAGAAUUGCAAUUGGUGGCUGUUUUAUAUUUUAGUUUCAUAGCACAGUGAUUGCCGUUUAAAAGAAAAACUAGCUUAAAGAACAUUUUUAUAAAGCUGACUUUUUGCCUGUCAUUGAAAACUUGUCAAAAGCUACCAUUGUGUGUAAAAUAGUCUAUUUUUUAUAUUUACCAAUCUAGGCAGGAUUUAAAACCCAUGUCUUAUUUAAGGGGUAUGUUAAAAACUACCGAUUUGAAGACUGAACACAAGUGUGUUUUAUUUCCUUUAUAUAUCAUCUCUCUCUCUCUCUCUCUCUCACAUUAUAUAU